CGCAAGAUUUAGUCUCGCAUGGAUUACAGGUUAAAUGCGUGCAAAACGAAAUUGGAACUUAAAUCUUGUAAAUUAAUUAUUAAUGUUACCAAUUAAAGUUUACAUAUAUGGGAAAUAUGUUAAAAUCUUUAUUGGAUCGCAAAUGCUAAACUAAAAGUGCAAUGGAAAUGGCGCUGGAUUUGUAUAUAGUAUAGGGGGACGACAUUAAAAAAAACGAAACAAGGUACUAAAUUAUAAACGGAUAGAGAAUUUAGCUAGGGGUUAAAUUACUCUUUAAUUGUCAUCUGCUGGUUGAUAAAUUGUAGAAUCUGUAAUUUUUCUGGACUUGAACACUUAAACUCUAUAUCUACCCUUUUGACAAUUCUACCGUACUAGUUGUUACACAUUUUACAAUUUUUGUGUUUUGAGACAUGGAAGUGCGUUGAACAAUAUGUACUCAAGUGUUUUGAGAAAGGAAGUGCGUUGAACAUCCCGCGUAAAUUAUCUUUGGUAAUAUCAAUAAAGAUAAUGCUAAAAAUACAUCCAAAUUACAAAUCAUAGAAAAAUAUUUGUGUCACAUUUCCAUUGAGAACGAUUCCAUAUGUGUUUCACGUAGAAUAUCUUCUGGAAUUGCAUUGUCAUAAUUAGUGAUACUCAUUUACAUCUUUAAAUUAUAUUUCUCUUCACUUUAAAUUAAAAUCUUUUCUUGCCGGGUGCCCCCAAUUCUGAUUGUGGAGUAUUUUAACCGAGUUUAGGUGUCCUCGAUUUGAAUUUCUGUGGAAUCCAUGAAAAUAAGGGUGUCUUCAAAUAUUUCAUGGAUUUUGAUGGAUAGCCUACCCGGAGGUAUGUAUCUGAAAGGUUACUGCGGGAAGUAACUAGAGAGAAGUCAAAGCAAAAGUAAGAGAGAGAAUGUAUUGCCGAGAAUGUAGUGGACGAAUUUAGCUUGGAUUACAAAUGGGGAAAAUGGGCGCUAUUUAUAGUAGUAAUAAAUAAAAGAUAGGGACACGUGUCAAGCACCCAAUGGCCGAGGGGUCACAUCAACUGGUUGUCACUGGCAGUCGCAUGUGGCCGCAUUAAAUGCGGCUGUUGGAUGUGACGUCGUACUUAGUACGGUGAUUCAGGCGCUUGUGGGGAGGAUAUUCUAUCGAGAAAGGUGCCCUCGGCUGCAGAUGAUUGGCCGAGGGAUCUAAGCACCGGGGACCUUCUUAGUGCCGAGGGCUCUAGGUGCCGAGGGCUACUGAUUUUCACCGUUUUCCCCAGUAACUUUGUUUGUUUGAGUUGGCCAUCUUGUGAGAAUUUGGAGCCUUCGGCCAGGGGGCGAAGGCACUCCCAGUGUGCUACGUGGGUUGCUCAGUAUUUGGGGCGCUGUGUUUUGGGCAUGCUGUGCUUCCUGGGCCUAUUGGGCCUCCAUUAGAAUAGUAGGAGUCUAUGGGUCGGGGGUUCCUGGGCCAUAUACUCCAUGAGGAGUCCCUCACUCCUUUUGCCGAAAGGUACUUGAAGGAAAACGAGUAAUUUGUGUUUGUCCUUUGGUGUUGUUCUGUUGUAGUUUGUAAAGUUGGUAAGGAGUUUGUCGUUUGCAUGAUUUGCCGAAGGCAGUCCCUCAGUUACCCACAUGUCGAGACUUGAGGGACCACGUUGCUGUUUUGGGGAGUUUUUGACAUUUUUUGUUUUUUGAGAUUUUUCCUGGAGGGGUUCUCCAGUCCCUCACUCCUUGAGGCACUUGCAAAGUGGUGAAAAGGAGUAGAGUAGUGCCUGCUUGCAAUAUGAAGCUGAGGGGUGACGCUUUUCGCUUCAUUUUGGGGGGAUGCCUCGUUAAAAACCUCAUUGGGAAAAACCCUGUGGGAAAACAUUCCAAUGAGGGAAAAAGAGUGCACCGAAUUCCCCCAAUGAUGAGUCGAAAAGGUGAAAUCCCGGUUUGAAAUGAGCGGCAGUAUUUUUGUCGAAGGCUAUCCCUGUCUGAAGGCGUGUGUGUUGAUUUGCCGAAGGUUCGCUGUUGUUAUCCUGAGAGAUGCCAAAGGGGGAGCCCUCAAAUUAUCAGAAUGAGGGCGCGAUGAAUGUGGAUGAUAUUUCCGAUGUUGUCGAGGGGUCCCUUGUUUGUUUACAAGUGGGGGGCUGCGGUGCCCCGAGGGGCUUCCAUAAUAAGGAAUGCCUCCCGGGGGCCACGUGGUCCUCAAUGUGUUUGAGGGCUGAGUGUUCCCGAGGGGUGUGCCCGUUGUGAAGACGUGGGCUUCUGAAAGAGUGAGCCCGAAGGCACUUGUGAUGUAUUAUGAGGGGCAUUGGCCGGGAGCACUUCUAGGUAAGUGUACCCGGGGGCUCCCCUUAAUGAAGUGGAGCGAAGGAGACAGCCCGGGUUCCCCGAAUAUAGCCGUUGUAAUAGAGCCGUUGGAAGAUGUAACGUCGGAAAUAUAGCCGUUGGAGGGGGGCCUCCACGUGGCGUGCGUUCGUUGACUGUCUGUGGGCGGGCGUCACUGAUUGGGCAGCUCAUCGGUUUGUAAUGAUGGCUUUUCCACCGGGGGCCCAAUUUCCGGCCCAGGCCCGGAUUUGGAUGCCUAUAAAUACCCCAAAGUCUGAGCUCUGGCCCCUGUGCGAUCUCAUUUGUAGCGAAGCUCUGGCCAUUUGAUUUCUAGAGAGAGAAACACCUGCCUUCGAUCCAAUUCUUGUUCCAAGGUCAGUUCCCCACCCGUUCUUCACCUUUCUUAGUUAGCUAUGCUUUGUGGCCUUAGAUUAGGGGUUGUAGCUUAGAGCCUUUAGUAUCUCCCUCUGAACCCUCGGUUUAGUACAAACAAUGUCUUCACAAAGCGAUUCCCAAGACAUCUCGAGGGAGCCCUCGAUGGAGGAGGAGAGCUUCUCAGACGUGGAGUCCACGAGUGAGCAACCCUCGGCCGAGGAUGAUGCCGCAAUGGCCAUAGAGGUACAGAAGGACCUUGUGGCUGAAGUCGAAGCUGAGGACUUCGAGCAGGUGAUCGAAGACGAGGAGAUGGCCCUCGCCGUUCAAGUUGCAGAGGAGGAGGAGCACAAGGAGAGUAUGAAGGUCACCAUCGCCGUGCCCCCCUCGUGGUGCUGGUGAAGCAGGGAGCUCUCGGCCUCUUAACCCGACACCUCUAAGGGUGGCCCCCGGGAACAAACAGGAGAAGACGAAGGUUGCUCCCAAAAAGAAGGACAGGGUUGCUGAUCAAGGAAGACCCAUUGAUAUGCCCGAGGGGUACUCUUGGUUGAAUACCACUGCCCUCGAGAUAGGAUCGAAAGCUGACCGGGAGGAUCUCUUCGUCACUCAGUUGCAUGUGGGGCCUUCGGCCGUAAUGGUGGCGCCAGGUCCUGAUGAUGUGCUCUCCCGGGCUCCCGAGGGUUGCAUCGCCGUCCACAUUUUGUCCGUAUCAAUGGGACUCCGGUUCCCCUUGCACCCAUUCCUUUGGGAAUAUCUUAGGUACGUGGGUCUGGUCCCUUGCUAAUUGACGCCCAACAUACACUCAUAUGUGGCAGGCUUCCUGAACCUUUGCCGGUCCCGAGGGGUGACCCCGAGCCUGGAUUUGUUCUUCCAGAGUUUCAAACUCUGCCGGGGGGGUCACGCGAAUGCCGAGGGCUUCGCGAACCUGCAGUAGAUAGCCAGGUGGAAGCUGUUUACCGAGGCGCCUUCAUCAAAUAAAGGCUGGAAGGAGCGAUGGUGUUACGUCAGAGUGGACGAGAGCCCCUUCCCGAGGGAGCUACGAGAUCGUUUCUGACGGCAUCCGAAGGUCCGAAAUGCUGCUCUCGAGAAGGAUGGUUUGAUCAUAGCCAAGAUUCCGGAGGGUCGCACGAAGAAUGUGUCUAUCAAAGACUACACACUUGAUAAGGAUCUUUAUGCCCUCGGCUUCCGGAGAUAUCGCUUCCUUGGUGAGACGGACGAGAGGUACCCCGAGUUGGACAGAGCCUUCGAGGGAGCAGGAGGUAGUAGUCGAGGGCUUCCCAAUAUGUACUUAGGAUUUUUUCCUUCUUUUUUUUUUGAUUGUUUGUUCACGCUUUUUACCCCUCGGUCUAACUGUUUUUUGUCGUUUGCAGGCGCGAACAUGGACGCAGGGAAACUCUUUGCUUUGAAGAAGAAAAAGGGCAAGGCCCAGGCUCAGAAGAAGGACCCUUCGGCUCAGCAGCCCGUUGAGGCCUUUUUCCAGAAGGAGAUACCGGAGCCCUCCACUGUGGCUACCGUUGCUGGUGUGGUCGAGGGGGCCACAAAAAAGAAGAAAGGCAGUAAGGGGGUAGAGCCCCCUGCCAAUAAGUAGAGGGGUCCCAGGGAUGUUGCUGACCAGGCGGCCCCCUUGGUGAUCAUAGAGGAUCGCCCCUCUCCCGAGCCCCCGGUUGGCACCGCGGCGACAACUUGGACGAACCUUCCCCCGGGAGGCUUCCCCCGGGAGGCUUCCCCCGGGAUAUUCUGCAACUCUCCGUGGCUCCGGGGGCUUCCUUGAUGCAUGGCUCGGCAGAACUGAAGGCCUUCCUGAGGGGGAUCACUUCGGCGAUGGACAAGGCGGCCCUCUUGACCUAUGACGACGAGGCCCUCGAGAGCAAGAUCUUCCGCUCUUCUCUAACUGCUUGCAUAGCCCUCGGGGAGCAUGCGCAAAGGCUCGAUCAGUGGCGUCUCCAGAAGGCGGAGUAGGAUCGAGAGAUGAAGGAGCUCGUCCUCAAGAACUCCGAUGCUGUGAAGCAGAUGACUCAGCUGGAGGAGGACAUUCGGAAGGCUACCGAGGGGGCUGAGCAGAGGAUUAAGGCUGCCGUGGAGGAGGUCAGACUCGAAGCCGAGAGGGUUGCCGCCGAGGCCUCCAAGAAAGCUGCUGAGGAGGCAGAGUCCGCCAAGGCCGAAGCCAUCGCCAAAGCUCGAGAGGAUGCUGUCGCUGCAUUCAUGGCUGAGGGCUGGAAGACCGAGGAGCGGCAGUAGUGGGUGGCCUCGGUUGUCGAGUCUUCGGCAGAUAGCUGGGUGAAGGGCCCCGGGGCCGACUGGAUGGCGGAAAGGGGCGACAUCUACUAUCAAGGGGGUGAAUUCUUCACCCAGCAUCUGGUUUACCGGAGGCUUGCUAGGCAUUUCAACGUCUCCCUCGAGGAAUUUGACCCCUCGGCGUAUGACCUUCCUCCUCUGCAACCGGAUGUAAGAAAUCCCCUCCCCCCCAGGAGAAGAGAGGUCGGUGAUCCAUGACUCCGUGAUGAUGGGGGGAUCCGGCGAUGGUGAUGCCGAUGCUGCUGCCGGGGAAGAGGUCACCUCCAAAGCUGCCGAGGGGGACGCCACUGCCGAGGUUGCUUACAAGAUUUGUACUUAGGUUUUCUUUCUGUGAAUGAUCUUCUGUAAUGAACUCUGUAGCCCUCGUCUUCGGCCUGUUUGUAACAAACGCUUUAUUACUCUCCUUGUGUUGUUUUUGGAUACUUAAGCUGAAUGAAUGGGGUGCCUCCGGGCUU